ACUGACGGCCCCUCUGCGUUUCUUGACAGGACAGGCAAACGCACGAGCCCGCCCAGGCUUCUCGGUGACGUCACGAAAGGACAAACCGAUUUACCGCGAGGUCAUCCGGUCUCUCCGAGCGGCCGGUUUCAGCUAAGAGCAGGCGCCAUCUUAAGACACAAGCAGACUCCGCAGGCAGGCAGGACGCCACCAUGUACCCCACCGCUUUGACCCAUCUGGCCCGGGCCAACCCGUUCAGCGCCCCCCUGUUCAGCCUCAAGGAAGUGGAAGAGCCCCGUCAGAGUCUCCAAGGACAGAGGACCCGCACUCUGGCAGCAGCCGCCACCGCAGAAGAGGGCAACAGUUGUGAGUUCGGCUCUCAGAAGUAUUUUGUCCUGUGUGGCUUUGGUGGGAUUCUGAGCUGUGGCACCACACACACAGCGGUCGUUCCCCUUGAUCUGGUCAAAUGCAGAUUGCAGGUGAACCCAGAUAAAUACAAGAGCAUUGGCACCGGUUUUGCAUUGACGGUGAGGGAAGAUGGUGUCAGAGGCCUGGCGAAGGGCUGGGCCCCCACCUUCAUCGGCUACUCCAUGCAGGGCCUGUGCAAAUUUGGCUUCUACGAAGUGUUUAAGAUCUUCUACAGUGAACAGCUCGGGGAGGAGAACACCUACCUGUGGAGGACAUCGUUGUACCUGGCUGCCUCAGCAAGCGCAGAAUUCUUUGCCGACAUUGCUCUGGCUCCCAUGGAGGCUGUUAAAGUUCGUAUCCAGACCCAGCCGGGCUUUGCCAACACCCUCAGACAGGCCGUUCCCAAGAUGUACAAAGAGGAGGGAAUCUGGGCUUUCUAUAAGGGUGUGGUGCCUCUGUGGAUGAGACAGAUCCCCUACACCAUGAUGAAGUUCGCCUGCUUCGAGCGCACAGUCGAGCUGCUCUACAAGUAUGCAGUCCCCAAGCCCCGCAGUGAGUGCAGCAAGGGCGAGCAGCUGGUCGUCACAUUUACGGCAGGUUACAUUGCCGGUGUCUUCUGCGCCAUCGUGUCCCACCCUGCUGACUCUGUGGUGUCUGUGCUGAACAAGGAGUCCGGCAGCACUGCAAUCGGUGUCCUCAAGAAGCUCGGACCCAAAGGUGUGUGGAAGGGUUUGGUGGCCCGUAUCAUCAUGAUCGGUACGCUGACCGCGCUGCAGUGGUUCAUCUACGACUCUGUCAAGGUGUACUUUCGCCUGCCCCGUCCCCCUCCCCCCGAGAUGCCAGAGUCUCUGAAGAAGAAGCUUGGCCUCACAGAGUAAACCCCCCCCCCCCCCCCCAUUCCUCCACUGAGCCUCAGCCUCCAGCCGACGCAUCUGAAACCCCAGAGUUCCACAGCGCACAGCAGUUUUCUAUAUUUAUGUCCUCGGCUCACGCUGCUCUGCACUGAGCACAGAGCUGCUACUACUCAUGUAUAUUUAAAACAAGAAGAAAAUGGAGCUGUCGCUCUCCCAACAUGGAAUUAUUCCUCCGUAGAAAACUGUCUGGUUUAUCAGUUUCUGUCAUUAGAAAAUGUGGACAUUCUAAUAAAAUAUAAUUCCAUUUCAAA